AUGAGUAUUGUGCAAAUUGCACCUCGUCUUCCAAUACUAUGGCUCACUCUACCGCUCGUUGUGCCUUGGAGCUCUAUCGGCCAAUUCGUCCGUUUCUUCAAAUACCAGACUUCAAUGACACGGAAGAGGCUAUCGCGGCCAUCUCAUGAACAAAAGCGGGACUUGUUUAGCUUCCUUCUGAAGGAGAAGCCUGACAACUUUCUGCAAGUGGCGUCUGAGGAGUGGCUUGGAAACCAGGCUGGUGUACUCAUCGCGGCAGGGUUUGAUACCACGGCAGUGACCGCUACUGCUGCGUCAUACUAUCUCGCAAGGAGACCAGAAAAGAUGAAACGCCUACAGAGAGAAUUACGGGAGAAGUUUUCAGAUGCGUCUGAGAUGAACGGCACCACCGUAAAUCAGUUGCCUUAUCUCAGCGCAUGCAUUGAGGAGACCAUGAGAAUCAUGCCGCCGUUGACAUUUGGGCUGCCUCGCGAAAGCCCUGGCGCAGAGGUUGAUGGAAACUUUGUUCCUAAAGGGACUGUCGUUUCGACUAGUGGUUGGAGUAUCACUCGCCGGCCCGACUACUUUUUUGAGCCUGAAGAGUUCCAUCCUGAGAGGUGGCUUUCGGCAUCUCACGACUACUUUGACCCAUUGUUUUGUAACGACUUGAAGGAAGCGUCGCAACCAUUCUCGCUUGGUCCCCGGGUAUGCUUGGGAAUCAACUUGGCCUACACCGAGUUGAAACUACUACUGGCGCGUCUUGCAUAUGAAUAUACCUGGGAACUGGUCAACGAUACUAGGUUCGACUGGGAAAGAGAACGCAAGUUUCAGGCUCUAUGGGUUCUACCCGACCUGCGAGUGAGGUAUACACGCACUACUUGA